GAGCAGCGCGUGAGCUUCAUGCCAGAUAGCCAGGAAAAAGGUGUUCUGGCGUUCGAUUCUACCCUGGGACAGUGGUGCCUCUACUGGAAGAACCAGGACACUUAUGGCUGUGUCAACUCCUAUGUUGCCGAGCCAUUAGAGGGCCAAGGGCUUCGACACGACGACUGGGCUGCGUUGCCGGUGGAGGACUUCGCCGGCGUUUAUCUCAACGCAGGUGUUCGUGAACGGGAGAAUCAGUUGAAACAACGCAGGCUACAAUUCACUCCAAGGCCCAAGCCCACGUUGCUCACCUUCGCUUCUGAAGCCCCGCAGAAAGCUCCAGAGUGCAAGCAAUUGGUGCCACCCUGGGACCCGCUUGGCAAACAACUGCAACAACUCAAGGAGAAUCCCUGCGCUUUUGUGACGGGUGAAGCGCCAGAUAUCGAGGAAUGGAUCCGCUACAAAUUCUGGGGUGAAGAGGAUCCACAGGCCCCGGACCGUGGCUAUGCAAGUUACUUUAAAGUGGAUGGGGGUGAGAUGCCUACUCCUGACUCUGGAUUUAGCUAUGAGAAGAUCAUGGAGUGCUUCAAUCGCGAAUAUCAGCGAGAUCUUAUUGGAAAGGAGA